CAGAGGCCGCAACGCCCGCCGGCGUUCCGCGAUCGCCGCGCUUUCACCCCAACCCGUGCCGCUCUCUCAGGUCAGGACCCACCCACCAUUGAAAUGCCUCAUUCUGCACUCUCUUGACCUCACCUUCUUCUCGUCUUUCCACACCUCAAGAAAGCCACCCUGCCCUUUCCCAAGCCCAGCCAGACGAUAAAACAGCCAGCCCAAGCCCGCCCACUCUCCCCACUCGGAGGUGUUUACGUCUCCAAAGAGGCCUCACGCCAGUAACCAAAUGAGAGGGAAGGCGGUGGCCUGGCGUUGUCACGUGACUCUACCCCCCCCCCCGCCCACCGGGACAGGGGGCCGCACUACUUCCCCGUUGACGUCGGCGGAGGGAUACAUAACGAAAUAGCUCACCGGAAGUGCGCUGCCGAACCCCGGGACCCGCCCCCAGCGGCCGGCUGACUUGGACCGUCAGACCCACGGGUCUGACCAUCCUCUGACGGGUUUUGGCCGGCGGAGAAUGGUCUCUAAACUUCCCAAACCGCUUCCGUGGCACGUGCUGUGAAAGGAAGUGCUCCUCUGAUGACCAAUCAGCGGCGAGAAACUCUUUCAACGUCCCUCCCUCUUUCACGCCACCUUCCCCGCGCUUUAGUUCGUGCGCCCGCCCCCCAGCGUCUGGUCUGCGUUCGGUCCUUGCAGGACACCGUCGCCGGUCUGGCCGCGUCGCAGUCUGGCGGCGACCUGCCUCCGAGAUAUGGCCGGCUCCGAGGCUGAGUGGGUAACCAUUGCCAAUAGCCUUCUUUUUAAGUGUCAUAUACAUCUGAGAAUACAUGAACUUCAAGACUGUGAUGCUAAUGUUUUUAUUGCCCUUUAUCAGUCUAUUUUGGGAGAAAAAGUACCAGACCUCAUCGCUAUUCCUAGGAGUCAAGAGGAUGAUGCACACAAUGUACAAGCAGUAAUUGAUUCGCUGGCCUUGGAUUACUUACAGGUCAGCUUGUCUCACAUAACAGGAGAAAAUAUAGUGAAAGGAGAUAAAGAAUCUAUUAAGAAUCUCCUGGAAAUAUUUGAUGGUUUGUUGGAGUAUCUUACAGAACGCAUCAGUGAAACAUCUCAUGAGAAAAGUGAAACUCAACAGUAUUUUAAAGAAUCCGAUCGAGGAGAACGUUUGGAAGAGCCAGAAAGUACUAAAGAAUCUAAAUCAUCAUGGAAAAGAGUUUCUUUUGGGAGGUGCUCCUUGUCUUCGGAGACGUUGGGCCCCUCUUGGGAUGGAGAUGAAGCAGAAUCCACUGGUGAGAUCAUUAGACUUGGAGACACAGCGCACACCUUUUCUCUAAGAAGUAAUGGUGCUCAAUGUCUUAAUGAAAUGCUGUCUAAAAAAACCUCAGCCUCACCAGGUUCUAAAUCACGUGAAGAUGUGUUGUACCCUCCUAGUGUUUUGUCCCAAAAUAGGACAUCCUUUGUUGAAGACACAGAAACCCUUUCUGUGAGUAGGAUUCCAAAUGCUAGGAAGCUAGGGGAGCCUAUCCGAGCAGCUAUUCCUUUACAUCCACCCUACCACCCUUCAGAGCCUCGAGCACCCUGCCCCAUAGGAAAAGAAUACUUGCAUUCAAGUCACUGCCCCCCAGCUGUAAAUUCUACUCAAGAGCGUAUGGAAUUUUCUGGGGAUCUAGAUGAUAGAGUUUUCUUAACUUCCAAGUUGCCGAAAGACAGCAAACAGGAAGUGUACCCAGCUCAGGUCCAAGGGCCUAGGACAAGGAAGCCUCCCAAAGGAAAAAGAAAUGAAAACAGAGCUACAGCCUCAUCCUGCAAUGCACCUUUUCCCCAGAGGCCGAGAAAGAGAUUAACAGAACAAGAAUUACAUGAUGUGUCAGAGAAACUCUCACAGCGGCUCUCUGAACUAGAUUGGAUGUUAAAAAGUGCCCUGGGUGAUCGGAUUAAAGAAAAGACUGACCAUAAAGAAGAAGAUACUGGAAAUGAAGAGGUAGAGGAUGGAACUGAGGAGACACUGUCUCAGCACAGUGAUGGCAUCGUGGAGUAUGGGCCAAAGAAGUCAAGGCCAGGUACUUACCCCAGAGAGACUGAGAAGGCGGACAUCCAUGCAUUUACUGAAGCAUUUGAAAGGGAGCUAAGAAGACAUAAAGUUCAAGAGAAUAUUGGACCUCUAAGAAUACAUGAGGAGGAGGAGGAAACAGAAAAAAUAUACAGAGGAGAAGCUGUUCAUAAGGGAACUCCAGAAUGUAGUCAGCCCUGGAAGAUUUACUCUAGAAAAACCACAACUCAAAGUCCAAGAGGUGGCCUCCCAAAGCCAAACAAAGCAGUUCCAAUGAAAGUAAGUGAACACAGUCUCCUGCCCCUUAUGCUGGAGCAGUUUCCAUUUCUCUAUGUUUCUGGCCCAACACUAAGCAAAAUGUGGAAACAGCAAAUUGCACAGGUUGAACAGCUUAAGAAAGAGGCAUGUAGAGAAAAUCGAUCAAAGAAGAAACUGCAAGAUGAAAUAGAAGAAGCCCUAAGAAGGCAUGACCUCCUUACUACCCUUGUCAGGAAAGAGUAUGAACAUAACAAGAGACUGCAAGACUUCAAGGACUGCAUUCGUAGGCAAAGGUUGACCCAAUCAAAGAUAAAAGAAAAUCGACAACAAAUUGUUCGUGCUCGAAAAUAUUAUGAUGAUUAUAGAGUUCAGUUGCAUGCAAAAAUGAUGAGAAUGAGGACUCGGGAAGAAAUGAUAUUUAAGAAACUGUUUGAAGAAGGUUUAAACAUUCAAAAGCAAAGAUUACGAGACCUAAGAAACUAUGCCAAAGAAAAGCGAGAUGAACAAAGGAGACGCCACCAGGAUGAACUGGACUCCAUGGAGAACUACUAUAAGGACCAGUUUUCAUUGCUGGCAGAAGCCAUAUCACAGGAACAUCAAGAACUUAAAGCCAGAGAGAAAUCUCAGGCCCAGACAUUACAUAAGGUGAAGAGGGAGCUGAGAUCUAAGAUGGAGAAGGAAAUUCAGCAGCUGCAGGACAUGAUAACACAGAAUGAUGAUGAUGUUUUCUUCCGGGAACUGGAAGCUGAGCGCUUCAGAUCUCGGCUUCAGCUGGCUUCCUUUCAGUACAGUAAAAGUCCCUCCCUGUGAGGCCAGACUUGAUAAUAGGUGAAGGUUCUGGAGGCCUUUACCAGGACAGAGCUAGAAUUGAGCCAGUAAACAGAUAAGCCAGAAGAGUCAUUUUCAAAUGCUUUACCUAUAUUUCCAGUACUUUUUAUGAAUUUUUUAAAAUAAAAAUUGUUUUCUAAAAGCUUA